AUGAGUGGAAGUAGGUGGGAUGUUAGCUUAACUGAAAAAUCAUGCAGCUGUUGUGUUUGGGACAUCACUGGCAUUCCAUGCAUCCAUGCAGUUGCAGUAGGAAUACAUUUGAGGGUUGAUCUGAAUAGUAUGGUUGAUGACUUGCACAAGGUUUCCAGUUAUAAAAAAGCUUAUGCUGGUAAGGUUAAGGCAUGUGCAAUUGAAGAGAAUUGGCUUGAGCAUGAAAUGAGGCCCAACAAGCCUAAAUACAAGAGAAAGGUUGGUAGACCACAACUGAAUAGGAUUAGGUCUGAUGUUGAAGGAAGACCAAACCCUGAAAAAAGCAAGAGAAACUGUAGCGGUUGUGGUUCAAGUGCCCGCAAUGUCAGAAGAUGCCCUACAAAGAAUGUACCAUCUACAAAUACUAGAGGAAGGGGCAGGGGCAGAGGUAGGGGCCAAGGAAGAGGCAAUACUACACUUGCUCAACAAAAUGGAGCAUGA